AACCGCCGGGCCCUCGACGCCGCUUCUCCGGCCCCCGGGACCGCGCUGAUUUGUUUCACCCUCGCGUUGUGCAGAAGUGAAGUGAAGUAAAAUGUCCACUAGGACCCCGCUGCCGACGGUGAAUGAACGGGACACUGAGAACCACACGUCACAUGGAGACGGGCGGCAAGAAGUUACCUCUCGCACUGGGCGCUCUGGAGCACGAUGUAGAAACUCUGUAGCUUCCUGUGCAGAUGAACAACCUCACAUUGGAAACUACAGACUGUUGAAAACAAUCGGCAAGGGGAAUUUUGCAAAAGUGAAAUUGGCAAGACACAUCCUUACAGGCAGAGAGGUUGCAAUAAAAAUAAUUGACAAAACUCAGUUGAAUCCAACAAGUCUACAAAAGCUCUUCAGAGAAGUAAGAAUAAUGAAGAUUUUAAAUCAUCCAAACAUAGUGAAGUUAUUCGAAGUCAUUGAAACUGACAAAACACUCUACCUAAUCAUGGAGUAUGCCAGUGGAGGUGAAGUGUUUGACUAUUUGGUUGCACAUGGAAGAAUGAAGGAAAAAGAAGCAAGAGCUAAAUUUAGACAGAUAGUGUCUGCAGUCCAGUACUGCCACCAAAAGCGGAUUGUCCACAGAGACCUCAAGGCUGAAAAUCUAUUGUUAGAUGCUGAUAUGAACAUUAAAAUAGCUGACUUUGGUUUUAGCAAUGAAUUUACUGUUGGCAGUAAACUGGAUACGUUUUGUGGCAGUCCUCCGUAUGCAGCCCCAGAGCUCUUCCAGGGCAAGAAAUACGACGGGCCGGAAGUGGACGUGUGGAGCCUCGGCGUCAUUCUUUACACUCUAGUCAGCGGGUCACUCCCCUUUGAUGGACAGAACCUAAAGGAACUGAGAGAGAGAGUAUUAAGAGGGAAAUACAGAAUCCCUUUCUACAUGUCCACAGACUGUGAAAACCUUCUCAAACGUUUCCUGGUGCUAAAUCCAAUAAAACGAGGCACUCUAGAGCAAAUCAUGAAGGACAGGUGGAUCAAUGCAGGGCAUGAGGAAGAUGAACUAAAACCAUUUGUUGAACCAGAACUGGACAUCUCAGACCAGAAAAGAAUAGAUAUUAUGGUGGGAAUGGGAUAUUCACAAGACGAAAUUCAAGAAUCUCUUAGUAAGAUGAAAUAUGAUGAAAUCACAGCUACAUACUUGUUGUUGGGGAGAAAAUCUUCAGAGCUGGAUGCUAGUGAUUCCAGUUCUAGCAGCAAUCUUUCACUUGCUAAGGUUAGGCCAAGCAGUGACCUCAACAACAGUACUGGCCAGUCUCCUCACCACAAAGUCCAGAGAAGUGUUUCUUCAAGCCAGAAGCAGAGGCGGUACAGUGACCACGCUGGACCAGCUAUUCCUUCAGUUGUGGCGUAUCCAAAAAGGAGUCAGACCAGCACUGCAGACGGCGACCUCAGAGAAGAUGGAGUUCCCUCCCGGAAACCAGGCGGCAGUGCUGCUGGAGGAAAGGGAGUUGCUCCAGCCAGUCCCAUGCUUGGGAGUGCAAGUAAUCCCAACAAGGCAGAUAUUCCUGAACGCAAGAAGAGCUCCACCGUCCCUGGUAGUAAUACAGCAUCUGGUGGAAUGACGCGGCGGAAUACUUAUGUUUGCAGUGAAAGAACUACAGCUGAUAGACAUUCAGUAAUUCAUAAUGGCAAAGAAAACAGCCUGAUGGAAAUGUUCGCUUACGCAGCUAGCCCUGCCUCUGUUUGUAAGACAUCUUCCACCUGUCGGCUGCGACAUCACAAGUCGAUGUCCAUGUCAGGCUCUGGGCGCCCCAAGAUGAUGUUACCUCCAAUAGACAGUGAAGGAGAUAACUUCAAGGCUAUCACUAUUCCUGACCAGAGAGCUCCAGUUGCUUCAACACACAGUAUUAGCAGCGCCACCACCCCAGAUCGAACCCGCUUCCCAAGAGGCACUGCCAGUCGUAGCACUUUCCACGGCCAGCCCCGGGAGCGGCGCACUGCCACGUAUAACGGCCCGCCUGCUUCACCCAGCCUGUCCCAUGAAGCCACACCAUUGUCGCAGACUCGAAGCCGAGGCUCCACUAAUCUUUUUAGUAAAUUAACUUCCAAACUCACGAGGAGAAACAUGUCAUUCAGGUUUAUCAAAAGGCUUCCAACUGAAUAUGAGAGGAACGGGAGAUAUGAGGGCUCAAGUCGCAACGUAUCUGCUGAGCAAAAGGAGGAAAACAAAGAAGCAAAACCUCGUUCCCUGCGCUUUACCUGGAGCAUGAAAACCACUAGUUCCAUGGAUCCCAAUGACAUGAUGCGGGAAAUCCGCAAAGUGCUGGACGCCAAUAACUGUGACUACGAGCAGAGAGAGCGCUUCUUACUCUUCUGUGUCCACGGCGACGGGCACGCGGAGAGCCUCGUGCAGUGGGAGAUGGAAGUAUGCAAGCUGCCAAGACUGUCUCUGAACGGGGUCCGGUUUAAGCGGAUAUCAGGGACGUCCAUAGCUUUCAAAAAUAUCGCUUCCAAAAUUGCCAAUGAGCUAAAGCUGUAACCCAGUAAUUAUGGUGUAAAUUAAGUAGCAAUUUAAAGUGUUUUCCUGAACACUGAUGGAAAUGUAUAGAAUAAUAUUUAGGCAAUAACGUCUGCAUCUUCUAAAUCAUGAUAUUAAAAUAUAAGGACGAGAGCACGCCUGGGAGCGAAAGCUGGCCUUUUUUCUACGAAUGCACUACAUUAAAGACGUGUGACACGUGUGCCCUCUGUCUUAUUUCCAUUGCCCUGAAAGUCAGCGUGUGACAUCCAUCUCCACGUGCCUCCUGUCUGUGCGGGUGUGAGAGUGGACGGUGUGUGUGUGAAGUAGUGCUACGGAAGCAUCUCCUUACACUGGCAACCAGAGUUGUUACGAGUACCUCUGUGGGAGAUUAUUUGGUGCUAAAACAUUAAAAUUGCCAAGGAGGAAAAUACUGAAUUACUACUAAGAAUUAACUUUAAGACUAGUUGGUAAUUAAUGCAGGUUUACAGUUCAUGCCUGUGGUUUUGUGUUUGUUGUUUCGUGUUUUUUUUUAGUGCAAAAGGUUUAAAUUUAUAGUUGUGAACAUUGCUUGUGUGUGUUUUUCUAAGUAGAUUCACAAGAUAAUUAAAAAUUCACUUUUUCUGAGUAAAA